AAGCGAGACAAAUUCAGGAGAAACGAAACGUUUUAAAAAUAGUUUAGACAACGACCAAAUUGACAAGUGAAUGAAAACAUCUGUUGAAUUUCAUAAAAAAUAAACGAAAACAUCGUAAAAAGUCGUGCAAUAUAAUCAAUAUUACUAUUAAAACUCUUAAUACAGUACUUUCAUUACAAAUAUUCUCGUAGACAAAGGGAAAUAUUGUGAUUGCUUUGCGAUAAAAGUUAGGUUAUGUGUUGUUAUGACUCAAGGUGAUUGUGUUCAAUGAUUUGACCGUUUUCAUGCUGUGCCUUUGAGUAGGUGGCCUUAUAUGGGAGGUAGAGAUUACUGACUUUAUCUCAGUCAGUUUGUAUUAAGUUUUCACAAUGAGCGAUCGCGAAGGUCCUAGUGGUUCGGGCUCUCAAGGGUCGGACAAAGGAGAGCGGAACACACGGUCAUCUGCCCAACCUAUGCCCACUGGCUCAAGCUACUAUGCCAGUGAACCAAUACAGUUUAGAGUAAGAGGGUCAACAAUUACCGGUGCCUCCCCACCCAAGUUUGUGACCCUGGAAGACAUCAUGAAGGCAGCCCAUGGUAUGCAAAACAUGGCUUUAGCUCAUGAAAUUGCUGUUGACCAGGACUUCAAGCUGGAACCUUUUGAACCACCAGACAAUAGCUACCAGAAGUUAGUAAAAGAAACAAUGCAUAAAGCAUACUUUGAUAUACUAAGAGAACAGCUCAACUCAGAUCCGCCAGAGUACAAGCAGGCUCUUGUACUGUUAGAAGAUGUUAAACAGGGUCUUUUCUCAAUUCUGCUUCCCCGUCACACUCGUAUUCGUGAAAUGAUCGAAGAGGUGUUAGACGCUGAUUUUAUUCGCCAACAAGCUGAGAACAAUAGCCUAGACUUCCACAAGUAUGCUAGCUUUGUCAUCGACCUAAUGGCGAAGUUAGCGGCCCCAGCAAGAGACGAGAUGAUACAGAAUAUCACAAAACUUACUGAUACUGUGGAUGUUUUCCGAGCAAUAUUAGAGACUCUAGAAAUUUUAAAACUAGACUUAGCAAAUACAUUGAUAGCCAUGAUCAGACCCCAUGUACAACAGGAGAGCGUUCAAUAUGAACGCGCCAAGUUUGAUGAGAUGCUCAAAGUUUCUGAAGAUGGUCUCCAAUACACAAAAGAAUGGCUGAAGCGUCACAUAGACCUGGAAGGUAUCAGUUUACCAGUCACAGACAAGAACAUCAUCAGGAAUGUCACAGCUCAGACACUAGCGAAGGCUUAUCUAGAACUAUUGGAAUGGGAUUCUUCUAAAAAUUAUCCUGAGACAGUAACACUCGACGCGCCUCGUUUCGCUGAGCUUGGUACCCAGGUUUACCGGCUUAUUUGCGUCGCGUCCAUCAUGCUGGCCAGCCCCGCCUGUGGCAGCGACCAGAAUGCCGCCGCCGCACACAAACAGGCGCUUAAAGAGAAGAUAUUGAUCCUCAUUGAUAAUACUAGCAAUGAUAUAGAAUUAAAGCAAGUCUUACCAUCAUUGGCUGAAGAAAUAAUCCUGGUGACGGAACAGCUCCUGGAGAACCUCAACCAAUCACCGCUGACUGGUGAGACCAAGGAGAUCAUCAGGACACAGAUCUUAUCGCUCGGGGACCCUGAACAUAGAGUCAGGGAGAUUGUUCGUCAAAGAGUCCUAGAAUUCUUAAAAACCAUUCUUGUCUGCGGUGGAGGGUCUCGCCAAAUCCCCGUAGGGCUGUCAGCUUUAGCCAGAGAGCUGACUUCGGUAUCUGGAACCUUACUGCGGUACGUGAUGCACAACAAGGCAGUCUUCACUACACAUUACAUGGACAUUGUAGCUGAAGAACUGAGUAGAAGUUAAGUUUCAUUCGUAUUUAUA